AGCUGGUGAAGUAGGCGAGGUUUUCCUUCUGACUCUGCACAGACCCACAGCCACGUAGCAAGACGAGAGUAACUUGCGCUCGGAGCAAACCUUGUCUCCUAAUAUAGCUAGUCAGCUAACAGCGUUAGCUUUGAGGGGCAUAGCUAGAUACACGGCAACAGCUAAUCACCAGACGUCUGCUAGCCUGUUCGCUAAGGGUUCUGCAGUGGAAAUAGAACAGGAGUUCGAACCAAAAAUAGUUAAUAUUGUUAGAAACAGAAAACAUUUUACUUAGUUAGCUAGACAGCAUCUUUGAUUGUACCCGUAGCAGUAACAGGCAUGGCAACUGAAAAUGAUGAUGUGCAUCAGAUUAUGGGGGAAGAUGAAGAUAAGGGAGCAACUGAAAAGAGGAUGGAGGGGGAUGAAUCACGUAAAUCUGGGAGACCUACCUCUCGCAUCCCCACUUUCCAGAGCUCAUUGGCUCGCAAGCGAACCACCACCCCAACUGCAGAGUCAUCACUGCCAGCAAAGGGUGAGGGCUCCUGUCGAGAAGGCCAAAUGAAAGAGAGAGGAGAGCCUUUGAGAACAAAACUGCCGGUAUUAGGGGACAAAGAAAUAACCUUGCCUAUUUUGUCCACACACUCAUGCAGCACUGAUGAUCUCUCUCUUGGUGACUUCUUAGAUCCCAUCUCUGAUGCUUCAGAGGCCACACCACUUGCAUUCAAACAGAAACACACGCCUGAACCGAAUACAUACGCAGGCUCUGAAGGGCUUGAAGGAUUACUUCAGCGACCCAGUCUCAGGACUGAGACGGAGUUGCAUGUGACAGGUUCAUUCUCAGAGCCUCAGUCUUUUAUUAUAGAGAACUCCCCUAAAGGUGAUGAUGAUGAAUCAGUUUCAGAUCUUCUGGAUAAUGUUACAGAAGGUCUCAGCUCCAGCACUUCUCCUGAGGAGCAUCUGCCUGAUACCUCUGACCCAUCAGAUGUACAAAACAUUUGUGAAGACAUGCAGAGUCUUGGAGAAGACUCUGAUAAGGCAUGUGUAAAAGAAACACCAUGCUUACCACAUUGUGGUAAAGAAUCAGUCACAGAUGAUGCUGGCAAGGAGUGUCUUGAAGGAGACACAGUAAAGUUGAAGAAGAUUGAGAAAUGUCCACCAGCAGUGUCCUCUGAAACACGGCUAAAACAGAAGGCUCCAGGUGUCAGUGCUAAGAGUAAAAAAGUAGAUCCCUCACUCGUGGAACGCAGUAAAAUCACAUCCUCAGGGUCUAAAAGAAAGAGCUUUGCUCUCUUCUGUCUCCUCCCAACUGUUCUGCUGCUUCUGGGUGGAUUUGGUCAACACAUUUGGCACUAUGGGGUCCCUAAGUCUGUCUCUCAUCUAAUGGUGCAACUGGAACUACAUUGGCUUGAAGGUUUCUGGUUGCCUCAAGAACAAUGCAGCACUGAUUGUAGGCUCACCCUUGUUGAGAGUCUCCCCGAGGAUCUGUACUUCCCCCAUAUGUCUGUACACCUGCAGAGCAUUUCACAUACCUGGACCAACCUGCUCAACCAAGCUAACAGCUCUGUCAAGAUUGCUGCUUUCUACUUCACACUCAGAGGCUCAGAUAUGGGCCUCACUGAGCCCAGUGCUAUACAGGGCAAAGAACUGUUCGACACAUUGAAGCAGCUUGAGUCUAGAGGAGUGAACCUGAAAAUUGCAGUUAAUGCCCCACAGACUUCCACUGCAGACACGGAUGAGUUGGCAGGAACAGGUGCAGAGAUCAGAGAAGUUGACCUUCAGAAUGUCACUGGGGGUAUUGUUCACACUAAGCUGUGGGUUGUGGACAACAAGCAUAUGUAUGUAGGAAGUGCAAACAUGGACUGGCGCUCUCUAACCCAGGUAAAAGAGGUUGGGGUUUCCGUGGAGGACUGCAGCUGUUUGGCACAGGAUGCGUCAAGGAUAUUUGGAGUCUACUGGGAAAUUGGUGGUCAAAAAAAUGGUUCCCUCCCACCCUACUGGCCCGGCAGAUUCUCUGCUCUCUCCAGCUCUAAGUACCCAUUAGCUGUUAAAUUCAACGGUGUCCCUGCACGUGUCUAUCUGUCUAGUGCCCCACCUCAGCUGUCCGCAUUCGGACGUUCAGAUGAUCUCUCGGCUAUCCUGUCCGUCAUUGAUGAUGCCCAGGAGUUUGUCCAUGUGUCGGUCAUGGACUAUCUUCCUAUGUCUCAGUUCACUCAACCAAUAAGGUUCUGGCCUGCCAUUGACUCAGCCCUUAGGGAGGCUGCAUGUGCCAGAGGAGUGGAGGUGAAGCUGCUGGUCAGUUGUUGGAGCCACUCUCCUGGAGCCAUGUUUGUCUUCCUGCAAUCUUUAUCAGUGCUCAACAAGACUCCCCUCAAAUGCAACAUUCAUGUUAAAGUGUUUGAGGUACCUUCUACACCUGAGCAGCUUUCUAUCCCUUUUGCCCGUGUCAACCAUGCAAAGUACAUGGUGACUGAUAGAGUUGUUUACAUUGGAACUUCCAAUUGGUCUGAAAAUUAUUUCAGCCAGACUGCUGGAGUCGGGCUUGUGGUGAAUCAGACAGGCUCUGUGGUGGAAAAGGGGCAGCAAACUGCACAGAAUCAACUGCAGAAGAUUUUCCAGAGGGACUGGAAUUCAGACUAUUCCCAAGCUCUCACUGAUGAACAUGCAGAAUAUUGCCGUAAGAAGAAAAAGCUAUGAUUUAUUGUAACUCUUUUACAAUAUGUGCAUGGUGUAGAAGACUUUUAAAUACAUUGUUUACAUGUGACUUGUUGACUUGCCAUUGCCUCGAAACAUAUUCAAACAGGCCUUUACUCUGGGCAACAUUCAGCUAUAAUAGUAAUGCAUCUAUAUUGUAUAUAAUUUUUAGCCUGCUGUACAUUUUAUGACUUCAUGUUUCAUUUGUGUAUUUAUGGUGUGUUUUUUUUUUUUUUUUUUUUUUUUUUUACAAACCAAUUCUUGAAGGAUGCAUAAUAAACCAUCUGUACUUUAAUCUAAAAAUGGGCUGACUGGAGCAUGUAUAUUAUCAGAAUAUUUUGAAUGGCUUCCUAAAUUGUUGGGAUAAAUGGCUUUCCUUAAAAUACUGUAAAACAGCAUCUGGGUGUUAAAUAAAUGAAACGUUUUCACUUA